AUGCGCGAGCAAGACCCUUUGGUGCUGGAGUAUCAGCACGAGAGGCAUCGCCCGAGAGAGACCGAAGCCCUUCUGAUGCUCCGAAAGAUCGCCUCUCUAGUCAAACCGAUCAUGCGACAGCGCUCAUGGAAAGUUGGAAUCCUCUGCGAGUUUUAUCCGCAAACUCGGAAUCUCCUCGGCCUUAAUGUCAAUGCUGGGGCAAAGAUCUGCCUCCGCUUGCGGUACCCAUCCGACCAGAACCAGUUUCUACCACUUAAUGAGGUAGUCGAUACUAUGCUCCAUGAACUCUGCCACAUUGUCCAUGGGCCGCAUGAUCGCCACUUCCAUGCUCUCUGGGAUCAGUUACGUGAUGAGCAUAUGGAGCUUUCUAUUAAAGGAUAUACCGGCGAAGGAUUCUUGUCUCAUGGUAGGCGUCUCGGUGGACGGAAUGUGCCCAUUGAUGAAGCCCGCAGACUCGCGAGAGCCGCUGCGGAGGCAAGACAGACGCAGCUCGCGGGGUCGGGGCGCCGAGUAGGAGGCACAAUCUAUCAGCGAGGUUCCGACAUGCGAAGAGUCAUCGCCGAUGCUGCACAACGGCGUAUCGACGUAACUCGAGGCUGUGCCUCUGGUGCAUCGAACUCUACUGAGCUGGUAGAAGAAGCAUCUAGGAACGGCUUCCGAACAAUAGCCGAGGAGGACGACGCCAACGAGCGAGCCAUUAUGCAAGCGUACAUUGACCUGAUUGAAGAGGAAGAGAGAGAGAAAUAUGGCCCGUCAUAUAUCCCACCUAGCCAGGAAAACCCGGCAGGGCCACGGACGAUUCUCUCUCCGCCACCUGUCCCAGAAAGCAGCAGACCAACGUUGCAACUCUCGCAGCAGGGACAGGCCGAUCUCACAUUAGACGACAGCUCAUUUGCUGACUCCUGGACUUGUUCUACAUGCACACUUGUUAACCCGCCUACCUUUCUAUGUUGUGACGUCUGUGCAGCUGAGCGUCCACGACCAGCCAAUACCCGAUCUACAUCUGUCCCGCUAUCCGCCCCAAGCUCUGGCACCACGUCGAAGAGCUCACAGGGCAAAGGCAAGAGUCAAAUAAAUCGCACUGUCGGCCAUAGAUCUUUCAAGAACCGGAGAAACGCAGUUGAAUCGCUCGCUAGGCUGGAGAAGAAUACCCAGGAUCGGCCCCUUGGUUGGUUAUGUCACUCUUGUGGCGCGUUUAUGGAAUCAGAGUGGUGGACGUGCUCAGCUUGUGGGACCAUGAAGCAUGCCUCUUGA